GGCGGCUGAGGCGACGACGGCGGCUGAGGCGGCGGCUGCUGAGGCGACGGCUACUGAGGCGACGGCAGGGCGAGUUCCCCACUGGCCGGCACCGAGUCCGUUGCCCGUGGGCGAGCGGAGCGAUGGGGGACCGGGAGCAGCUGCUGCAGCGGGCCCGGCUGGCCGAGCAGGCGGAGCGCUACGACGACAUGGCCUCCGCCAUGAAGGCGGUGACCGAGCUGAAUGAGCCCCUCUCAAAUGAAGAUCGAAACCUGCUCUCUGUUGCUUACAAGAAUGUGGUUGGUGCUAGGCGAUCUUCUUGGAGAGUCAUCAGUAGUAUUGAGCAGAAAACCAUGGCAGAUGGAAAUGAGAAGAAGCUGGAAAAGGUCAAGGCCUAUAGGGAGAAGAUAGAAAAGGAACUGGAGACAGUCUGCAAUGAUGUCCUGACUCUGCUGGAUAAAUUCCUAAUCAAGAAUUGCAAUGAUUUCCAGUAUGAGAGCAAGGUCUUCUACCUGAAAAUGAAAGGCGAUUACUACCGUUACCUGGCAGAAGUUGCUGCGGGCGAGAAGAAGAACAGUGUCGUGGAAGCUUCCGAGGCCGCCUACAAAGAGGCCUUUGAGAUCAGCAAAGAGCACACGCAGCCGACGCACCCGAUUAGGCUGGGGUUGGCGCUCAAUUUCUCCGUGUUCUACUACGAAAUCCAGAAUGCCCCCGAGCAGGCCUGCCUUUUAGCCAAACAAGCCUUCGACGACGCCAUAGCAGAGCUGGACACACUAAAUGAGGAUUCCUAUAAGGACUCCACUCUCAUCAUGCAGUUACUGCGAGACAACCUCACUCUCUGGACAAGCGACCAGCAGGAUGAGGAAGCAGGAGAGGGCAACAACUAGAGAGCUCUCAGUUCCACAACCCUUCACCACCUGCCACCAUCCCCUCAUCAUCACCAAUACUCCCUUGCCACGAUCACUAAAUAUCUAGUGCUAAACAUGUCCGUAUUGUCAGCACAGCUCUUCAGAUUUGCUCUCCUGCUAAUCGGGAAGCAAUUUCAGAUAAGUCUUCAAGGGCAUUGCUGGAUCGAUGGUUGAUUUGAGCCCACUCGAAUUGUUCGGAAGGGCACGUUCUAAGAGGCGUUUUAGUUUGCUCAUUGACCUGAAAACCUGGGCAAAAGUUAAGAAAGAUUGGGCGGAAAAUUAAUCCAAGUGGCUAAAAUUGAUCUUUAAAUUUUCCAUUGAAUACGAGCUGAUAGUGUUUCGUUGAGCAGUACAUCUUGUGCAUGCGAAAUAAAUUCAUCCCCCUCCACCAUUGUCUUUGAGCUAUUGGGAAACAGUGAGUAGAAGCUGAUGCCGAGACAGUUUGGUCCUCUCCACCAGCUUACUAUAAACUGUUUAAAAUGUGAGGUUUCAGUAGCGCCCUGUUUCUGCCUCUUUAAAUUAUGAUGUGCACAAACCUUCUUUUAAUGCAAUGCGCCUAAAGUUUUGAUACUCGUAACUUUUUGUUGGGUUGCAGUUGUUUUAAAGAAUCAUGGAUUUAUUUUUUUGUAACUCUUUGGCCGUUGUCUCUGUGCAUUGACAGCACCAUGUGUGUCAGCCCAUAUCAAGAUGGAUUAUAAUGAAAUGCCAGACUUCUAAAUUAAAUGUUUUGGAAUUAAAUGGAUAAAAUAAAUGCCGCUUUGGGGAUAUUAUCUC